CUAUACUUAUUGAUGGCAUGGCACAUCUUUGUUUCCCUGAACUGUGUUUUCUCCACAGAUAUCCUCUAAAUUUCCUUUAAAGUUUGAGGUUUGUUAAUCAAACAAAUAAGAAGAUUUAUUAUGUAUGUCCCAGGAACCUUCUACCAAAGAGGGCAAAUCAAAUGUUGACGUAUCUAAAAAGAGAACUUUGGGAGUGCUUGGACAGGAUGAGGUGAGAUCAGUACAAUUUGGAACUACAACACCACUAUCAGGCAGGCAAAAUUCCAGGAAAGUAAUAGUUGAAGAUCCCUUUAGAAAGCAAGUCAAGUUAGAUCAUAAUGCUGUAACCGAAGCACCUUCACAAGCAACUCGGACUUGUAUUCUUGAGUUUGAUGGUGUGUCAAACGGAAAUCCUGGAAAAUCUGGUGCUGGGGCUGUUCUGCGAGCUAUUGAUGGAAGUUUGAUUUGUAGGUUACGUGAAGGUGUGGGUGUGGCAACUAACAAUGCUGCGGAAUAUCGUGCAGUGAUAUUGGGAAUGAAAUAUGCUCUUAAGAAGGGAUUUACUGGUAUUCGUAUCCAAGGUGAUUCCAAACUUGUUUGCAUGAAGGUCAAGAAUGAGAACUUGUCUACAUUAUAUAAGGUGGCAAAAGAACUGAAGGAUAAAUUUUCUUCAUUCCAGAUCAACCAUGUUCUAAGGGUAGGUAUAGUUUACUGAACUAUUGAUGUAGAUAGAUUUACAUCUUGUUUGUUAUAAGUUAUAACUUAUAUUUGGAGAAAUAAUUGUUUAUUUUUCAAAAGUUCUCUUAGGAAGCAGGCAAAAAUUAAGUAAUUAUACUUUCAAAAUAAGCCAAAACUGAUACACAAUUGUACAUUAUCCAAAAAGAGAAAAUUAAUGUUCUCUGAAAAGCUGAUAAAAGCAGAAAAUGAAGCAUUGAAAAACUGAGUAAAAAUUGCAAUAAGGUAAUGCUCCUGUAACCUUCUUAAUAGCGUGAUUUCUCUCCCCCCUUGAAAGAUUUUUGUGCUUGCGAAACACAAAUAAGUUGUAGGAACAAGUUAAUCCAAGUGGUCAUCCCGUUAAUUAUUUAACACUACAAAAAUUCAAUGAAAAAAGAAUCGUUUAUUGCAUUUGCUAUGCUACAGAACUAUUGUACUGAAUUCUAAUAUACAUCAUCCCCUCUUUGGUAGAAUGUGCUUUCCUAACGUCAAUUUUAUGAUUACUUUAUGAGCAUUAUUUCCUUGUUAAGUUUAUGUAAGAUAUCUCCACAGAAAAGAAAGAAAAAUAAUGCUCAGACAGAGAGAAUAAUAGAAUUCUAGAGGGAAACAGAAUUUCUUGUAUAUUCGCUGCCUUUCCAAUCAUUUGUAUACCUCUAUAUAACAGCAUACAUGCUACGCGAAAAAGUAAAAAUGACAAAAGGAAUAAAGUUAGUUAUGAUCCUAAAUCCUUCUAGAACCAUAACACUGCCAAAUCAUCAAUUAGUCACGUAGUCGUUGAGGUGUGUGGGUUUCCUUCGGAUUCUUUUGGGUAAUUCUCCU